UGAUCGAUGCAUACUCCAGCCGAUAACAUAGGCUGAUACGGACACUCUAGAUCCACUUCGAUGAAAAUCAGGAUACACCGGAUUAUUAAAAAAAACAACGUUCUUUUUGACUAAAUAAUAGUACACUAUACAUGCAAAUAUCUCUUUAUUUCCAAUUUUUUCCAGUUAGUAUAAACUAUAAGUAAUAUCUAUAUAUGGAACGUACAAGAAUUUGGAGGGAAAGAAAACGUCAUAAAAUAUUGAACUUUUACGAAAUGAUAGAUUUUUUCUUGACCUACAUUCAGUAAGAUACUGCCACCCAUAAAUGCUACACCAAAGUUUAGCUACACCAAAGUUUAGCUACUUAAGACCUAGAGAAACGAAAACGAAAGCACAUGACUAGAAAAAGAUGUCUGUACACCUACGUUUUUGUCCCGGUUUGAGGAUCAAAACGGUAUGUUUCAUAUUGACAAGCUACUACUCGAUGUGUCUGGUCUCUCUCUUUCCUUCUUGCCCUCACACUCAUUCGUCCUUGUUCCUUUUGUUUUUUUUUUUGCUCUAUUCUCAAAACAUACACAUCCGCAGUUAAUAUUAUUCUCAUCGCGCUUUGCCUUCAUAUUCUUGAAUCUCCUUAUGUCCUUUCUCUAACAUCCAACUAUGAAAAAAGCCAUGAUUCUAAACCCGACCCGACCCGUUUGGCCCGUUUUCUCUUCUUCCAAGUCCCUAUGCGGCGAUGCCAACUGCAUGGAGCAGCUUCUCCUCCACUAAGCAAACGCCAUCAAAUCAAACGACGCCACGUAAACUCAACAGACCAUUUGGGUCAUCAACAACCUUGCUUCCUCAGACGGUGACUCCACACAGAGACUCGCCUCCUCUUUACUCUGUGCGUUAAUAUCACGCGCCGCCACCAAAUCACCUGCAUUCUCUUUUCUAUCCGCUGCUUCGGCUUCCCAUGAAACGCUUCACCGCUUAUCCGUCAUAGAGCUUGCGGCGUUCGUUGACCUCACGCUGUGGCACCAUUUCGGCUUCAUCGCUGCCAACGCAGCGAUCCUCAAAACCGUCAAAGGUUACUCCUCCAUUCACAUCGUUGACUUAAGUUUGACUCACUGCAUGCAAAUUCCUACGAUUAUAGGCUCCAUGGCAACCAAACUCAUCAACAAAGAACAAUCUCCUCCGCUUCUCAAAGAACAAUACAAAAGUUAAAACCAUGCUAGAGGAACACGCCACCGGGUGGGGAAUGAAGAGAGAUGUUGAUGAUAGUGAUGACGUGGAACGUUUUGUGCUGACAUGGAAGGGACAUAGUGUCGUGUUUGCCUCAGCUUGGGUGCCAAUGAAUAGGGUUGAUGGAUUAUCUCACAUAGAAGCUUAAAAAUUGGAUAUGAUAAUGAUGUUUAUCUUAUCCACAAUCAAGGAUUAGUACUUAAAUUAGAAGGAGAUGUGAGAAAAGUGUAGGGGAUUCUAAGUUUCUAACCGACCCGACCGGUUACGUAUAAAUGAGCUGACUUUCAAACUUAUUAUCAAGUAAGUAGUAAGUAAGUAACAUGAUUGGUCCGCUCCAGCUGUGUAAUAUUUUGCACGUGCCGCGUUGACCAGACGUUGACUCUUACAAAGCAGAAGGUUCUAAAAAAGAAGAAUAUGCGAUCUAUCCGUCUAAAUUUUCCCAAAAAAAUCUUCAAGUCGCGAUUACAGUUCAAAUCAAGCUCGGUUCAGAGAUUCUUCAUUGUUUUUCUUCUCUUGUCUUCUUCUCAAGCUUAGGGAUGACCUUCUUCCCUCGUGGUUUGACUUAUGAGGCUUCCUGAUUGGGUUAUUUUUGUGAAUUUCUAUUAUAUAUAUAUAGGGAGAAGUUUGAGGGACCCAAAAUGCCAAUGGGUCAGCGUCGUCAUGUCGUUCGAACAUAUACUUUGGAGUUAAAGUCUCAGCUUGAGAUGAAGAUUGGUCAGGCCAAAACAGAGAGCUAUAUUAACCUCUUAUCGAAAUUCUUGAGCUUGAAAAUCAGCAAAUCCGAUUUCGACAAGCUAAUCGUCGCUACGGUGAAGAAGAAAAAUAUCAGUCUACACAACGCUUUGCUUAGAGGGUUGAUCAAGAAUGUGUGUGUCUCAAAUACACCUCCGCUGAUAAAAAAUGGUCUUGAAGAGACAAGUCUUGGUUUCAAUUCUUUAUGCAACGACCUUCCUAAAUCAUCUCCUCGUAAAGGAAGGACUCAACAGAGGUUUAGUAAAGAUUGUAAUGGAAAGAGCCAAAUCACUGAGGUUGUUUCUUCUAGUUUUAAACAACAAUGGUCAAUGGAAGAUGGUGAAGAAGUUGACCAGUUGAUUCGAUGUUGGAGAAGUCAACCUAUUGAAGCUCUUUUUGGUGUUAAUCUCAAAGAUGUGAUCAAGAGAAGACGUCAUGUGGGGACGUGUUACUCCUCUCGUGAGCUUCCUGACUCUAUUUUAAAGAAGAAACUCGAAGAAGAAAUGGAGGAAGAAGGCGUAGAGGUUUCGGUUGGUUUUGCUAACUCGUUGAACGCAGAACUCAGUGUCUUCUUGCAAAAACUAAUCAAACCGUGUCUAGAAAUAGCGGUUUCAAAGUCUAGCAGACGAGGAGAAGUUUGUUCUUCUUCAGUAUAUAUCGUAGAUUAAGUAGCUAUGAAGUCAAACCCUUCGAUACUUGGGGAGGAUUGGUCUACAAAGCUUGAAAAGAUCCAGUUAGCUGCACCGGAUUUUCCUUCAAUUUUUUUAGAUAAGCUGACUCUUUAGGUAGAUAGAUCUGAUUCUUCAAUUACAGAGUUUGUAUUGAGCAAAACAUCAUUAGAUUUUGUGUGUAUAUAUAUGUCUUGGUGUUUUAAUUACUUGUGCUGA